AUGGUUCAAUUAAGGAAUAAGAUGAAUAAAAUGCGAUUCGAUUACAGCGCUUUCAAGAAACUACUGGAUACUACAGGUUUUGGUUGGAAUUCUGUGACGAGGACCUGUACACUCGAAGAUGAGAGUGUUUGGGAUGUACAAAUCAAGGCAAAUCGUGAUUGGUCAAAGUUUAGGAGGAAUGGGCUACCACAUUGGCUUGAACUAUGUAUAAUUUUUGGGGAUUCAUAUGCUAGUGGGAUAAGAGGAUUCGGGAAUGAAUAUGAUUUCAGGUUUGAAGAGGAAUUGAGAGGUGUUGAUGAUGAGGUGGAUGCAGAUGUAGAUGUAAUUCCAACUACUCCAUUGGCUAAUACCUUGCCAACAGGUUAUUAUGAAAGCCAAGAUCCAGGAACUGAUCGUCCUAGAGUCAACAGAAGACUUGAUAGGACAACUACAGGAUAUAGGAAGAAGAGUAGGACAACUGGUAUUGAACACGCUAUACAGACCCUAGCCGAUUAA